UCCUGUUGCGCAACGAGAAGCGCGCAGCGUCUCAGUGUGUGCAGAAAGGCACAAGUGCAUUCGUAACACGAUGUGUCGCUGAAAAAAACUUCAACUUUCUCGCGAGUUACAUUAUUUUCAUGUAAAUUUUGAGGAAACAGUUUUGUAAUAAUUAUUCUGUGUGGAACAACUUUAAAACAAGAAAACAACGACGGAUAACCGACAAUUUUUGAGAAACGUUACUUGGCUGACUCAAACAAAAUGGCGACUGUCCUUUUCUUGGCGGUACUGUUUACUUGACCGUGAACGUUGUGUUUCUUAUAAAGUGCGGCAUCAAAGGUGUUGUGUAUUUAAUUUUUUAUUAUCAAUCGAUAUAAAUUUAAUAACACAAUUUUUAAUAACUUGCGAGUUAUUAGUGGUCUCGAGAAGUUUGCAAUUUUAUAUUCGUAAAAUAGGUAAUAACGCUUUAAGCGUGCACUACGCGAUACGGCACGGUACGACACUGUGGAACGCGUUUUUUUACCUCCCAUUGCUUUAUUUUCUCUCUAGUUUCUCGUAAUUUUUUUUCAAUGGAUCACAAAAAACUCUGUGUGUUCGAUAACUAUCGAUACCAUUGCCGGCUCCUACGAUAUUCGUAUAUAUAGAGCGACGCAUGAUUUUUAUAUAGUGAAGAAAGUGCUUAGCUAAACAGAACUUUUAUCAAGUUGUUUCGAUACUCUCGAUGCCCAUUCGAACUGUACUACUCCCCUUUAAGGGUACUCGUAACCUUCCUUUCGCCCGACCACGUUCGACUUGGAAGGCGGGCACGUUACGAUUAUUAUCUUUGAUACGACGGCCCGACUAAAAACAAACACUGCGACCUUUUCUCUAGGUUAAGGAAAAAUGUCUAGCUCAUAUGUUAUCGAACCACGGGAGUGUGGAUCAGAAAAAAAGGACGAUACAUUGAUUAUCAUCGUUAACGACGAUGGUACAAUAUCCGUGGAUCAAGAAACUUUACAAAGUUUAAUCAUGAAUCAGUCUGAUGCAAAUGUCAGUGUUGUUAGAGUAGGUCAGGCUGAAUCGGACGCUGAAAAUGGAGAUAUUACGUUGACCGUAGAUCCUCCACCGUUUACACCCACCACUAUAAAUUCAGGAACUACAACAACCGAUGCAAAUAGUUUUGUUGAUCCUUUCAUGGAAAUGGAUCCAGAACAAUUGGAAAGAUUAGAGACAGCCUUACAAAGCGAAGAAGCAAAACAAAUUCUUGGAGAAAAUGUUACCGCUAUGCUUGACAUGUUAACAGUAGAAGAGCAACAAAAUUCUAUAAGGUAUAGCAUUAAAUUGGAUCACUGUUACACGAGUAGAUUAUCACCUUCUGAUCCAAAGCCAAAGGACCCACUGCCUGUUAUCGAUUCACCUACCUCCGAUGAUGGUUCACAACAAUACAUACGUCAACUAUCACCUGUUCCUGGAACGUCUAAAACAUCAUCGCCUGUCGGUGAAAUUGAAAAUCCGGCUUUAUUGAAGCCGAAAAGUACCAUAAAAACUGGUAAACCUGUAGGUCGCCCACGGAAGAAUACUACACCGGUUUCUGUAUCUUCAUCCAAUAAUAUAAGAUCGUCUAUCGGCAUAACGAGUACACCUAAAUCUGUUAGACAUCCGAUGUCGAGAAAUUUAACAGGUGCAGUUCAUCAGACUAGCGGAAAACAACAAGAAAGAUCUAAUGACGAGAACGAAGAAGAGUCAUCGUCGUCGUCCUCCGAGUCAUCCGAAUCGGAACCACCAUCCGAUAAUGAUUCAGAUUUUGGUCCACGAGGUCCUAGAAGAGGUGGUAUACGUGCUAGAGGUGGUAGGAAAGGUCUUACUACUAGGGGAGGAAGCAUGGCAGCUGCUCGUAGAAGAGGUCCCAACAAACAUAUGGACAUGGAGCAAGUUCGUCGGUUAGAUAUGGAAAUGGCUGCUGCUGUUAAUGCUAUGAAAAGUCCGGAAAAAGAUGACAAGUCAGGAGGAUUUAGUCUCAUUAAAAGUAAAAGACAACUUAAAACAGCUUUCGGACGUAAGAAAGAAGAUUUACAACGCAUUGAUUCGCCUUCUGUAAUAAACGAGGAUGGUUCUGUCAAUUUCGAAAAACCGUUACAAACAACGAAUCAGGUUAAAGCAAAUUUGAUCAACGCCAAUAUGAUUAAAGGUGAUAUGAUUCUGACGAAACCUGGUCAAGGAAGGAGUAAUCAAAAAGUUACUUUUGUUCAAAAGCAAGUUCUUAUGAAGUCGAAUGACUUCAAAAAUAUUGACGCGAAAAAACCAGUAAUGCUUUCUAAGGGAAAAUUUUUGAGUCAAGCUGGAACCAAAUUCUUUGCAACCAAAGAUGGCAAAUUAGUUCAAAUUCCUGUUACUGCUAAAACCAUAACGUCGAACGUACCAGUCACGCAGAUAAAAGGACCCGUAUCCCAAGAUCCUUCGGCACAACAGCCGAACACCAUACAGGGUCAAACAUCACAAAUACCACAACAACAGCAACAGAUGGUAAAGGUGACAUCACCCACUGCAGUACCAAAAAUAAAAUCUUAUGACGGAAAGAAAGAGAAAAGGAAAUCGGACGGAUUAGAUGCUGUUACCAAAACGGAUAUUGAUUCUGUAAAAGCAGUAGAAAACAAAAUGUUUGAUGGCACGAAGAAACAUCCAAAGAAAGAAAGUCGUAAGUCACCGGGAUACACGGUUGAUACUUUAGGUCCGGCACUUUUCUCCACUCCGGAUAUUAUUCGGCGUGUCGGUGCGAACGGUGACUCAAAAAUUCAAGAGAAUGUGGUAACGUCUUUGAUUUCUACUGUGCCGUCUUCUACAGUCGUUUCUUCAGGAACUGCGGGUUCUAUCACUCAAUUUACACAAUCGUCUUCGUCGUCAUCGUCAACGUCAUCGUCAUCGUCGACAUUGACUUCGUCAGUGUCAUCAACUCAAUUAGGUACAACUGGUUCAUCUUCCGAACGAGUCAACGCGCAUUCAGGAACUCCUGCACCAAUGGAAAAGCGAGAAAGCGGUGACUCCUUGGUGCAAUACAAUGAAAUCGAAUCUAAAGCAACAAUAAAAUCCAACGUAUCGGAAGAGUUGCAACCAACUUUGGAGUCCAGCUGCAUAGAAGGCGAGGAACAUUUAUUAGCUACAUUAGAAAUGGAAGCUAAUAAACACGAAGAAGAAUUACUCGCAGAAGCAUUGUUGCUACAAGAGGAACUUGGAGUUGACUUGGCUAGUCAUGCUACGCUUGUUGAACAAGAUGGAGGUGUACCAGCGAGUGAAACAUUGACUUCGAAUAAUAUGAUUAUUCCGCCUAUGAUUACAUCCGAGCAAAACGGGAAUAAAUCGAUGGAUACUACUACGAUCGUAAUGAAUACGUCGAAUACAGCGACGAUUAUUGCUUCGGCUGGAACUGCUAUAACCGAAGCUAAAGAAUCAAAAAAGAAACCUUCAAAGGAGGAAAAGGAACCUAUCCAGAUCGUUCGCGGUGGACGCGUAAUUACGUUACCUCCUAUUGAAGCACCGGCAACCAGAAGUAAACGGUUACAAGCAAAAACUGAACCCGUUCAGAAAACUUAUGAAUCCGUCAAACGAAUGGAAAAAUUCAGUGUCCCAACUAUUCAAUCCAGAACGUCGCAAUCUAUAAGAAAUGAAAUUCACCCGAACAUGCAUCAAGGUGAUAAAAAUGAAAACGAAAUGGGAGUAGAGGAUGAAGAAGAUGAAGAAGAAGAAGAGGACGAUAAUGCUGGUGGUGGCGUCGGCGGCGGUGGUCAGGAUGACGACGAUGACAAUGAUGAUAUAGAUGAAGAAGCGGACGAGGUAGAGCAAGAGGAACAAAAGCAAAUCGGUGAAGAAGAAGAAGACGAGGAGGAUGAGGAGGAAGAAGAGAAUUCAGAUUCAGAAGACGAUCCCGAUAGACUAUGGUGUAUAUGCAAGCGACCUCAUAAUAACCGUUUCAUGAUUUGUUGUGACGUGUGUGAGGAUUGGUUUCAUGGAAAAUGCGUGCACGUCAGUAAAGCUAUGGGACAACAAAUGGAGGAAAAGGGGAUAGAAUGGGUUUGUCCAAAUUGUGCAAAAAAGAAGAGCGAAGAGAUGAAAAACAAAACGAAUACUCAGAAUAUAAGUGGAAAGCAGCGAAUUCAAUUGGAUACUAUAAUGGACGAAUCGAUUACCUCAAAAAGUCCAAACUCUGUCGGUCAGACAUCAUCUAUUGGUGGAGAAACAUCGUCUUUGAUCGUUUCCGGUUGCGAUUACAAUAGUGUUAAAUAUUCUAGUGGUAUGCAAUGCGUAGUUUGUAAAAAAGAAGCAAGAAAUUCUAGCAUUUAUUGUUCGGACGCGUGCAUACUCGCGCAUGCUCAAGAAACUUUGACCAAAGAUAAACCAGUACCGGGAGUUGCGGCAAAUCCGAAAGGAACAAGAUCGUCGCCGUUUGAUCCUGUUUCAAAGGCGAAAGCCGAGGCUAGAGUGAUAGUUUUUGAAAGAAAAACUGGCAGAGUAUUGGCCGGAGCCGAUGCCCCGACAAGAUCAAAUUUGCGUACAUGGUUAAAAGAAAAUCCUACGUUCGAAGUGGUCGGAGCGAAUAAUGUUGGUGCACUACAAAUUGGAAAAACGAUCACGACUGUUCAACCUCAAACACCUGGCAGAACAGGAAAACCAACCGUGGUAUCAGCUGGAAAAGGACCAAACCUUCCAAAAAUGACAUACACGAAAGUGCCUGGCUCAAAGCAAAUGAUAUUAACAGCUGGGAACAAAAAAUUCACGAUUAUUUCCGGGGGUCAUCCACAACAGCAACAAGAGCAGCAACAGCAGCAGCAACAACAACAAACACAACAACAACAGCAACCAUUAACGCAGUCAUUGAAUACAAAGUUGGUGCAAUUGAAGCAAGUGUUACCAACUCAAGCGAACAAAAGUCCCCUGUUAUUGAAAACUACGAUGCCGAAAUCGCUUGGUCAGAUGCAAGUCAAACAACAGGGCAUAGCCUCGCCGAAACAAUCGCCAACAGUUAAGAAACAAGAACCGAAACAGACAACUUUGCAGGUGAAACAACAGAUAAAACCAAGCCCACCAAAAAAACCUGAACCUGAACCUAUCAGGUUAAACAUAAGGAAAACUUUAACAGAGUUGUUAUCUAGCCGUAUAAAGGAAACGGAAGAUUUGAAGCUUUCCGACGAGGAAAUCGGUGAGUUAGCUUACAAUAUCGAGCUAGAGAUGUAUAAAUAUUUUCGAGAUACCGGAGCAAAGUACAAGGCCAAGUACAGGAGUCUCGUAUUUAAUAUAAAAGACACGAAGAAUUUGACAUUGUUCAGAAAAAUUGCCGAUAGAUCGUUAACUCCGGAUGCGGUGGUGAGACUGAGCCCCGAUGAAAUGGCGAGUCAAGAAUUGGCCGAAUGGCGAGAAAAAGAGACUAAACAUCAGUUAGAGAUGAUCAAGAAAAAUGAGUUGGAUUUGAUGGCACAAGCUAAAUCCAUCGUGGUCAAAACGCACAAAGGUGAACAAAUAAUCGAGAACGACGGUGGAAUCGAUCACGUUGAUCCAAAAACUCCCGUGCAAGACAUCGUGACUGCGUUGAACAGCGCCGACAGUAUAACUUCGACAGUGGACGACAUCGAAAAAGAAAUGGACAAACUGAACGACGAAGAAAGGUUGCGGUUAAAGGAAGAUGGAAGAAAGCUGAAAAAUUUCGACGAUAAAAGAAGGAAAGACAAAGAUAAGGAUAAGGAUAAAGAUAAGGAGAAAGAGAAAGACAGAGGUAGAGAGAAAGAGAGAGAAAAAGAAAGGGUAAAGGAGAAAGACGGCAGUCGUUCGAAAGGUAGACGCGGUAGGAGUACUAGCAGGAGUAGACACAAACACGGCAGAGACGACAGGGAACGAAGUAAAACCAGAGAUAAAAGUAAAGAAAGAAAGUCACGGGACAAGGAAGGCAAGCGCGAAAGAGAUCGUGACAAGGAGAAGGAACGAGAUCGAGACAGAGGCCGAGAACGAUCGAGGACCAGAGAUCGGGAAAAGUCGAAGACGCGCGAUAAAGGUGGGAAGGACAGAAAUAAACAAAAGGAGAAAGAAAGAGAAAAGGAAAGGGAACGGCACAGAGGCGCCGAAAACAAUUCGCGAAAUCGUGGUGGAUUCGUCCAUUAUGAAUCAAAGGACAUCGAUAAAAGAGAGGAGGAAAGGAAGAGAGAAACGGAAAGGAAAGACGACUUAUCGGGUAGUACGGCAUCUCUGUCGGAAAAACCGAUCGAGGAUCGACUGUGGCGUCACAUCGAGGACGAAACGACCAGCAACACCAUAGAUGGGAACGAUUCGGACGUGUCUGACCGAGAACCAACUUCGACGGUUACGAUCAAGACACCGGACAUCAAUGAAGAGAUCGAGAGAGAAAGAGAACGAGAACCGAGUCCGAUCGAAAGAGAAGCUCCCAAGGGAGGAUGGCAAACAGUUUGGAGAGGGUUCGUUAAUAUGGUAGACGUCGCAAAAUUCUUCAUCACCGCGCAAGAAGUGAGCGGCCACGCGAAAGAUCUAAUGGACGAUUUACCGGAUACCGUCGACGUAGUCGGUCGAAUAAGUCACGAAACCGUUUGGGAUUAUAUCUCGAAGAUGAAGAAAACCGGUUCGAAAGAGAUUCUAGUGAUUCGACUUACGGCGGCAAACGACGAGGAGAAGAUUCCCUACAUAACUUUGUACAGUUAUCUGAAUAGCAGAAGUCGACUCGGAGUCGUUGGAAACGUUUCGAAAAAUAUCAAAGAUUUCUACAUAAUGCCUUUCUCGAGUCAAAGCACGAUACCACAGGUUCUGUUACCGUUGAACGGUCCUGGUUUCGAAGAGCACAGACCUCAUCUUCUUCUAGGUAUCAUCGUACGAAACAAGAGGAAACGUUUGGCAGGUAUCUCGUGUUCGUCGACGGUACCGUUGAAGUUGUCGAAAAAGGAUAACGCUGAUCGGAGUUACACGCCACCGUUGGUCAGUGCUUCGAAGGACAAGUCUCUCAACGCGUCGAUACUCGCGGCCACCGUCGCGUCGACAGCAUCCUCGACGAUCGCGGCUUCCUCUUGUUCGGCGACGAUGGUAACGGGUACGAGUAUGGCUACAGGUUCGAGUACGGGUACCACGAUUACAGCAACGAAUUCGUAUCAGAAAACGUGCGGAAACGUUGGUACGAGCGAGUCCGUGAAAGAGAAACACCUCGUCACGCAAACCACUCUCGACAACUUGAACAAGGCGCACAUAGGAAUGUCGAGGAGCACGUUACUCGAUACCGCGGCUAUAUGUAAAAUCGUUCCAGAAUUAUCGUCCAAGAUCGAUCUUACGUGUUCGCCUGGUAAAGCGCCUCUCGACGACGACGGUGACGAACCUUAUAGUCCUGGUCAAAUGGACGAACAAGAGAUAGAUCUCGAGUUACGGUCUUGUACGGCAUCCACGGCAGCCACCACGAUAUCGAUGUCGGCUUCUAUGAGUAUCGAUGUGACGUCGCCGAUCGAUAACAGUAUUAUUUCGUCGAGUAAAAGUUCCAACGAACUCCAACGGAAAAUGGAGGAAUUAAAUAGACAGAUCGAAGAACAGAAGCAACAAAUACAAAGCAUUAGUUCGUCGUUUCUCGGUGAAUCAACGUCUACUUUGCCGGGCUUAGGGCUGGACCCACCGGCUACCAGUGACGAAUGCGAGGAAGCGUACAGUCCAUCGGACAGCAGAUCGUUCACGCCACCACCGCCUGCGGGUAUUUCAAAAUUUACUCAGCCGAUUCUCGAAAAAGUAUCGAAUAUAACGAUACCACCAAAUUUGCAAGAAAUUUUGGCGAACGUGAAACGGCAGGAGAGUUCGAAAGUGGAUCCAUACUUACCGUCUAAGCCCAGUGCCACGUUUUUAACUACAGUUAAUUCGUCGAUUUAUCAAAAUUCCGAGAAAUAUUCUUCACCGCCACCGGCGAAAAUUCCGCUCGGUGGAUCAAACAAAUCGAAUAACGAAAAGUCUUCGUUCGACAUAACUCGUCAUAGGGAAUCCGUUUCGAAGGAGAAGGAGAAGGAGAAGGAAAAGGAGAAAGAAAAGGAGAAGGAAAAGGAAAAAGAAAAGGAAAGGGAAAGCAAGAGCACGCUUAGUUCGUUGAGCGAUUUGGAUCUGAUCAGAAAAGCGGAAGAAGAAUUGGCGGCCGUAGCUGCUGCAUCAGCGGUUUCUGCAACCCCUGAAAUUCCCGGGACCGAGAAUAGUAACUCCGCUCAAUCUGAUUUACCCGCGAUCGCGGCUCGUCCAACGAUCAUGGGAGCCUCAUCUCCAACGGUGAUGCCGAUAUCUACCGCGAAUAUUUCAUCCUUGGUUUCGAAUCCCUCUUCUUCUUCGUCGUCUUCUUCUUCGCCUCCUCCUCCACCUCCUCCACCUUUACCUCCUCCACCACCUUCUCUUCCUCUUCCUCUUUCCCUACCGAUUCCUCAUCCACAUCCUCAUCCCCAUUCGCAUUCCCAUACUCAUCCACAUCCUCAUCCACAUCCCCAUCCUCAUCCGCACCCUCAUUCCCUUUCUUUACCUCCGCGCGAAGGGAAUUCGUACAAGAGUCCCUUUCCGGAACCUUUCAAGAGAAACAUAGCUCCCGAACAACCGAAACCGCCUGGUCUCGAAGACGAAGACUUUCCACCGUUUCCAUCCACGCCACCCAACGUGGAAAACAACGUAUCCAAGACAAUUGGAUCUCGUUCGAAGUUUGUUCCAAAGAGUGGAAUCGUGGUCAGCGUUAAACGAAAGAUUAGCACCGAAGAUGCUAGCGCCGUCUCUUCGACUCCGACUAAAGCCUCGAGAGUAAAGUCGCGAUGGGGUCAAGGUCCUUCGGACUCGCUCGAUUAGCCGUUGUUCGAUUAGAGGAAAAGUGUUUAUUUCUAUGGAACAUCGAAACCGUUAUUACACGUUUCUCCUGUACAGCCGACAUUUUUUCUUCGUAUUCGUUAAGUUUCGGGCAAGUGCAUCGGACGAGUUUCCCUGUAAGAUCGUAUGCGAUGUGUAUCCCUUCAGAGAGUACCGAAAAUAAUUCGCCGACGAGCGAAUAUCACUUGUAAAUACCAAAACGACGAAAAGGAACGCCCUUCGUUGUUGUCGUUCGUCGUGCCUAUCGCUCUACUUCUGUACAUAGUUUUAUCGAAAAUUCUGUAAUAUAUCGUUUAAAUUCUUUCGAGAGAUCAACGAAGCGCGCGAUACGCGAUGCAUCCGCGUUACGUGUAUACUAUCACCAAUGUAUAUAGAAUAAGUAGUCACGAAGGUCUACGAAGGACCAAUCUUGAUCGAGUCGUUUUCAUUUGUUCGGUGAACACGUUUUUUACGUUUGCUUGGGCCACGGUGAUGCGUACACCGUGGAACUUUCUAGCUAUCCACAAAUAUAAGACGAUAUUUAGAUUUGCAAUUGUUUAUUGGAUAAACAUAUGUUUGCGGCAACGGUAUAAUCGUAGAUUCUUUGACGCGCAAACCAUUAAAUCCUUUAAGGGACACUUACGUGACUUAUCGCGACGAUGUAACGUUCAUUUUUCUAUUCAGAAUCCGAGAUCGGUGAAAAAAAAAAACUAACCAAAAAUUGGAUCUCCCGCUUUUAGUUUCUUUAGCAAGUGAUUUAAGUUUAUACGAACACUUUUGCUGCGUCAUACAUUCUUUGCACGUUGCUACGCGUUGGACAUAAGAUUAUUAUUACCAUUGUCAUUUUUAUUUUAUUUUUAUCUUUACUAUCGUUACUGCUAUUAUUACUAUUACUACUAUUACUAUUGUUACUACUAUUACUGCUACUGCAACUAUCGUUAUUAUUAUUAUCACUACUGCUAUUACUGCUAGUACUACAUUUACAUUAUCUUCCUCUUCGACGACUUCCAAGUUCCAAACAUUAAUGCCCUUGCUUCAUUUUCCUUUUAUCGAGGUUAUCGGAAGGAAACGUAUCUUUAAUAUAAUUGCGAACGAAAAAGGAAUCUUGACGAAAGAUUAAAAACUUGCUAUGUAGUUAUUACAACAUUCGUCGUAUACAAGUCCAACUUGUGUUCUGUAAUAUGUUGCUAAGUAAGCGAUUGACGUGCACCUUUAUGUCGAUUGAAACGCGCUUGUAUCAAUAAUAUGUAUCGAAAAAAGGCAACGUUUCGAUCAAAGGGUAAUAUCGUGUAAUUCCUAUUACAUAACCGCACAUAAAUCCUAAUUAUUGUGCGCGACAGCGCUGCUUUUGUAAAUUACCUAACCUCGUGUCCUUAAUUGUGUAUCAUUCAUUUUAUAUAAACUACUUAACGUUAAAAUUAAGUUUUGUACAUAUUUUUAAACGGUACAUCACGAUUACAGUCCCCUGUAUAAUAUAAUACGAUUGUCGUUA